AUGCAGGUAGCAGAGGAACUGAUAUCACUUUGUAAAAUUGCAUGCCCCAUAGUAGUAUCAAGCCUGCUUUUAUACCCCAAGUCGAUCGUCUCUAUGUUCUUCUUGGGACAUCUUGGGAGCACUGAGUUAGCUGGGGGCUCACUUUCAAUUGGAUUUGCCAAUAUCACAGGCUACUCUGUUCUGAAAGGCCUGGCCAUGGGGAUGGAACCAAUAUGUUGCCAAGCUUAUGGAGCCAAAAAAUGGGAAGUUCUCUGCCAAACAUAUAAAAGAACUCUCUGUCUUCUCUUUCUUGCAGUGAUUCCAAUUUCUCUCUUGUGGUUAAACAUGGAGCCCAUCCUUCUAUGGUUAGGUCAGGAUCGAAAAAUUACAUCUGUGGCCAAGGUUUAUAUAACAUAUUCCCUUCCUGAUUUGCUAGCCCAAGCUCUCCUCCAUCCCUUAAGGAUUUUCUUAAGGACACAAAGUCUAACGAAACCCCUCACUGUAUCUGCUGUUUGUGCCAUGAUUCUCCACCUCCCUAUCAAUUACUGCCUUGUAAUAUAUCUAGAUAUGGGGACGAAGGGUGUUGCUCUAGCCUCAGCCUGGACUACCUUAAACUUGUACUUUGGUUUGCUAGUAUACCUUUUUCAAUCUAGGACAGCACUAAAACCUUGGGAUGGGAAUGCAAAAAGUUUAUGCUCUCAAGGCUGGAAACCAUUGCUAGCCCUUGCGGUGCCAAGUGUAAUCUCUGUCUGUUUGGAGUGGUGGUGGUAUGAAAUAAUGCUGCUACUGUGUGGCCUACUUAGUGAUCCACAGGCAAGUGUGGCUGCAAUGGGAGUCCUGAUACAAACAACAGGAUUGCUCUAUGUGUUUCCGCACUCUCUUAGCUUGGGUUUAACAACUUGUGUUGGCCACGAGUUGGGGGCUGGGCAGCCUGCACGGGCGCAGCGGACAACCAUAAUUGGACUCAUUGUGGCAGUUGUCUGCAGCAUUCUGGCUUUCGCUUUCACAAUUGCAGUGAAGGAUGAGUGGGGCAAGCUGUUUACACGUGAACCACAUGUACUUGCUCUAACAUCAAUUGCCCUUCCCAUAUUAGGCUUUUGUGAGCUAGGCAAUUGUCCCCAGACAGCUGCAUGUGGAAUCCUCAUAGGCUCUGCACGGGCAAAGGUGGGUGCUUGUAUUAAUUUUGGCUCCUUCUACCUAAUUGGUUUGCCAGUUGCAGUUCUCAUGAGUUUUAGACUCAAGAUGGGCUUUAUGGGGUUGUGGUUUGGUCUUGCGGCAGCUCAGAUUUCAUGCAUGUGCAUGAUGAUCUAUACUUUGGUGUCAACUGAUUGGAAGCACCAAGCUAAGAGGGCCAAGGAACUCACUCAAGCCACUGAAAGUGACAAUAAUGAUUUGGAAGCCAAUAUCCUCAGCUGAUUUUCGGUCUCUACA